AUGGCUGCUCUCCUUGGGGGCGGCGACGAUGCUUUAAAUCAGCUGGGUCAGUUCCCUCUGGAACAGUGGUUCUUCGAGAUGCCACCUUGCACCCGCUACUGGACUACUGCAACCGUAAUCACAUCCAUCCUCCUUCAGUGCAAGGUCAUUACACCCUUUCAAUUGUUUUACUCCUUUAGAGCUGUCUACAACAAAUCUCAGUAUUGGCGGUUGUUAACCACCUUCAUCUACUUCGGCCCGCCCUCAAUGGAUCUUGCAUUCCAUGUCUUCUUCCUACAGCGAUACUCCAGGCUUCUCGAGCAAGGAUCAGGGCCAUCACCCGCAGUCUUCUCAUGGUUGUUAGUCUACGCCUGCACGUCGCUCUUAGCCAUCAGCUCUCUCACCACAUCUAUCCCGUUUCUUGGUUCAGCAUUAUCAAGUACUUUGGUUUAUAUCUGGUCAAGGAGAAAUCCCGAUACUCGGCUGAGUUUCCUCGGUGUCCUUGUUUUCACUGCGCCUUACCUCCCAUGGGUUCUCAUGGCUUUCAACAUGUUCAUGCAUGGUAACAUUCCUAAAGAAGAAAUUAUGGGCGUCAUAGUGGGACACAUCUAUUACUUCUUUGCCGAUGUUUGGCCUGGAAUGCAUGAAGGACAAAGACCUAUGGAUCCUCCCGAAUUUUGGGUCAGAAUAUUUGAACGUCGAAGAGCAGAGACUGCUCAGCAGAACAUUGAUGGUGAUGUCGCCGCCGCUGCCGCCGCUAGGCCUGCUGAAGUACGAUGA